GAUAUGUCAUGCGGCUCCCCGCUGCCUUAUGUACAAACGGUUCUUGAUCCUUUCUUCCCAGGCCUUCCUGCAACCAAAGCCCCCCCUUUCGUGUUUGCUUCGUGCUGCCCUUCGCUUCUUGGACCGCAAUUUUUCUUCGAUUCUUUGGAUUGAGUCCCUUCUUUUUUGACAUCAUCAGAUUAUUUUCACUUUCACUUCUUAUCCAUUCGCUUAGAUAUCGAAUAUGUUGACAAAGACACUUACACUUUUGGGGUUGACGGCGGCAGCAUGCGCUAGGGUGCAGUUCUUGGGAGUCGCGAUUUCAGGUGGCGACUUUGGCUGUGAGAUUGAUGGAAGCUGUCCACUGGGUAAAGUCCAACUGCCUCUCAGCUCACUGGGAGGCGGCGACGGCGAAGGCCAGAUGAAUCACUUUGUCCAAAACGACAAGCUCAACAUGUUUCGGCUUCCUGUCGGAUGGCAGUUCCUCGUCAACAACCAAAUAGGCGGCCAACUGAACGCCGCCAAUCUUGGCAAAUACGACCAGGUAAUGCAAAAGUGCCUCGCGACCGGCGCGCACUGCAUGCUCGACAUACACAACUUCGCCCGCUGGAACGGCGGCAUCAUCGGCCAAGGUGGGCCGACAGACGACCAAUUCGUCUCGCUGUGGACGCAACUCGCAACAAAGUACAAGGACAACGCCAACGUCGUCUUCGAGCUCAUGAACGAGCCGCACGACCUCGACGUUAAGCUCUGGGCGGCGACGUGCCAGAAGGUAGUGACCGCCAUCAGGGGCGCCGGCGCGGCGUCGCAGAUGAUUCUGCUGCCGGGGACCAACUUCAACUCGGCCGAGUUCCUGGUCAGCAGCGGGAGCGCGGAGGCCUUGGCUGCGAUUACGAACCCCGAUGGGACGACGGAUAAUUUGAUUAUCGAUGUGCACAAGUAUCUUGAUGAGGAUAACAGCGGCACGCAUAAACCCUGCACGACGGACAAUGUCGAGAGUUUCAGGACUGUGGCUGAGUUCUUGAGGGCCAAGGGACGAAAGGGGCUGGUUAGCGAAACGGGCGCCUCGAGCGAUGCUUCGUGCUUCACAAGCUUCUGCGCCCAAAACACCUUCAUCAACCAAAACUCCGACGUCUUCAUCGGCCUUGUGGGCUGGGCGGCCGGCAGCUUCAGCACCGACUACGUCCUCAGCCUGACGCCCAAGAAGUCGGGCAACACCUACACCGACAACAAUCUCAUGAAGCAAUGCGUCCUCGACACCUGGACCAACACGGAGCAGAACGUCUCGACGCCCGCUACACCACCAGCGGCUUCAUCAUCAUCGGCGGGAGCAGCAGCAUCACAGCCCGCCGCGUCUUUGGUGCCGACGAAACUUCCCGCUACUAUCCCGUCCGCGUCGGCGGCUAUCCCUACAGCACCGAGCUCAGCUCCGACUUCGGCACCAGGGCCCAGCAGCAGCGGCGGCGAUGAAGAGGGCAUCGCGCCCCCGACGACGAUUGUGAGCAUGCCGACCACGCUGCUGGUUGACCCGUCUACGCCGACACCGCCGGCGGCAACGGGAGCCAGGGGUGGUAGGAAUGGGACGACUACGACGACGAGCUCGCCUUCUCUUCCGACGGCGGCGGGGUCGAGGUUAGGAGGGCUUGAUAGUCUGUUAGGACUCGGUUUGGCAGUCGCCUUCUUCCUGUAAAAUCAAGCCAUUGAUAUCACGGAGAUCACCAGAUAGAAUAAAAGUAGAACAAUCACCUGACUGCCAUCAA